AUGUCAUUUUUAGAAGCUAAUACUACCAUUGGAGAUAAUGAAUCCAGUUUUGAUAAGGAUUCCAAUCGCUAUAAAAUUCAAUUCCCUCUCACUCCAUGUUACCAAAAUAGGUCUUUUAUUAAUCAUGUAACGGAAACAAGAUAUUUUAGAUGUAAUUUAAGGAGAAUUGAAGGUUAUAAAUCUCCAUUUAAAUUGUUUAAAGAUCUUUAUGUCAGUCUUCAAAUGGCACGACCAAUUGUUAUGACAGAUUUAGGUAAAUUUUUCGAAAUUGCACCAGAUGAAAGAAAUAUUAAUUUUGAAAAAAAUAUUGAUACCUGUAGAGAACAUCCAAAAUAUGUUAAUAUCGUACCUUUGAUAUUAUUUGUUCAUGUAAAAACAAAGAGUCAACAGAGUCUAUCUCAAUUCAUAAUUACUAGACAGUAUCACUUUCAUUUACAUGCUGGAAAACUCUUACUUAACAAAAUUCACUCUCGAAAUAAAUCGUUUGAAAUAUAUAAUUUCAUUGACACUUAUGUCUCUUCAUUAUUUGAUGACAUGAUUCAUAAAUGGUUUCAAUGGACAGAGCUAAUAAUUCAAAAUGGAGGUACUUAUACUUUAAAACAAACCAAUGGAAACUUCCUAAAAAGGUUAUUAUAUCAAAAGUUUUGGAAUGAUCAUUUUUACAUACAAGAUUCAAGGAAAUAUUCAGUGAACCAAUUUAAAAGUUGUGUUCAUGCGAAUACUGCAGAACACAUCAAUAGAUUUGGCUAUUGGAUGGAUAUUCAGAACAAUAUCAUAAUAUUUGCUUCAACAAUCUAUGAAGCAAACGGAAAAGUUUCCCGGACGGUCAAUGCUAUUUGUUAUUCAAAUCAUAAAGUUAAACAAAUUUGUUAUUUAAUGUCAUUUUACAUUAAUCUUGCCAGUAUCUCAUGUUUUACUUCUAAUGUCCGGUAA